AAGUCGUAAGUCUUUCCCAUUCAUCCCGUUCAACCUGCUCCAGUGCACCGGUCGGAUUUAGCUAGUAUCGCUAGACUAAGUGUUGAUUUUUAUUAAAACAUGUCUUACCCAACACCAUCCGACAAGCCUUCAAAUCCAGCAAACCCCCGCGUCUUCUUGGACGUAGACAUUGAUGGGGAGAGAGCUGGCCGAAUUGUUCUCGAGCUGUUUGCUGACAUAACCCCAAAGACUGCUGAAAACUUCCGGGCUCUGUGCACUGGAGAAAAGGGCACUGGCAAAUCGACUGGGAAACCACUGCACUUCAAAGGAUGCCCGUUUCAUAGAAUCAUCAAGAAGUUUAUGAUCCAAGGAGGCGACUUCUCAAACCAUAAUGGCACAGGGGGUGAAAGCAUCUAUGGGGAGAAGUUUGAGGAUGAAAACUUCCACUACAAGGUACACGACCUAUCACCAGGCAGGGCUCGCAAAAUCCUCUCAGUCACAGAUCGUUUAGAAAUUGUGGAGGUUAGACUUUGCGUUUGUAAUGUUAGCAAUGUCUCCUUGUUCCCAGUGUCGGUCUGUGCUCGAAACACUGUUAUUAUAAGCAAGAGGAAUGAUGGCAAAAACUGCAAAAAUAAGAUCAAAGGUUCCAGUUUCACUUUGGCCUGUGCUUCUUUUCAGAUGGAGAAAGUUCUGUCUGUUGCUGAAGAUGUGAAGAUUAUGGGAAACAACCUUUUUAAGUCUCAAGACUGGAAAGGCGCGGUCAAAAAAUAUAGUAAAGCUCUCAGGUACUUGGAGGUGUGUGGAGAACAAGUGGAAGAGGAGGCACAGAAGAAGCUGGAGCCCACAGCCCUCAGCUGCUAUCUCAACACAGCAGCCUGCAAACUGAAGAUGCAGCUGUGGCAGGAAGCUCUGGACAGCUGCAAUGAGGCUCUGGAGCUGAGUGAAGGAAACACUAAGGCACUUUUCCGCAGGGCUCAGGCCUGGCAGGGGUUAAAGGAAUAUAACAAAGCCAUGUCUGAUCUGAAGAAAGCUCAGGAAACUGCUCCAGAGGAUAAAGCAAUCACCAAUGAAUUGAAGAAAGUCCAUCUUAAAAUCCAGGAGGAGAAAGAGAGAGAGAAGAAAAUCUAUGCCAAAAUGUUUGCCUAAACUAUCUGACCUCAUGAUGCAAUUGGCUGUCAUUAUUUACAGUGGAAGCUGUACCCACAGAUAAGGAGUGUAUCCAGGUGAAAAUGUUCAGUGUUUUCAUUUCAUGGGUCCUCUCAUGUUUUUACAUCAUGCACAUUUCUUAAUGCCUGUAAGCUUGGACCUGCCUUUACUGUAAUAAAUAUCGUGAACAUCGGUGCUGGAAAACCAACUCAUGUUAAUGGUUUGAAGAUUAGCAAAGCAAUUUUGUGUGUGUGUUAUUCCAUGGUAGGGAUUUUAAGAGUGCUCUUGGCUACAAGCAGGAUAUCCAUUUGUGUUUAUUUAUGGUGUUUUUGUGUUUAUUUUUUUAAACUGAGGUCAAUAAAACAAAAGGCACAAC